AUGUUCACCCAGUCUGCCCACUGCCCUCUGCAGGCAGUGUCUGUGAUUGUUCCUGACCGUUCAGCUAACCCUUUCCACAUGUCUGGAGAUGUGGAUUUCUUCUUGCUCAGAGAACAGGAGCAGAAUAAGUCUCGCACAGAGCGGGAGCAGAAGACGACCCCGCAGGUGCACCAAAAGAUGACCUACUCGUCCAAAGUGUCGGCCGAGCACACCAGCCUGCGCCGGGAGCUGCGGCUGGAGGACGAGAUGCUGGAUCAGGAGGUGCGCGCGGAGGCGGAGCGGCUGCGCGCCUUCCGCGACCACACCGCGUGGAAGCUCUGCAUGACCAAAGAAAAGAAGAUGGAAUCUGAUAACAUGAGCAACUACAUUAAUCAGAAGCGGCAGAUGUUCCUCAUCCAGUACGCCCUGGACGUGAAGCGGAACGAGAUCCGGCGACUGGAAAUGCUGGCGGCCAAGGAGGAGGCGGAGCUGGAGCAGGCAGAGAAGUCCCUGGAGCAGGACGCAACCUUGUUCGACGAGUUUCUCCGGGAGAACGACCGCAGCUCCGUACAGGCCCUGAGAGCGGCUGAGAAGGAGACUAAAGCGAAGGUAGAGAAGAUCACUGAAAUCCGAGAACUGACCACCCAGAUCACGAACAUCAAAAGUGAAAUCUCCAAAUUUGAAGACACUUUGCAGCAUUACAAGACCUACAAGGACUUCCUAUACAAGCUGUCGCCCAAGGAGUGGUUGGAAGAAAAGGAGAAGCGGCACCUGGAUCUCAAAAAGACCAAGGAGGCCCCCGAGCCCCGGAAAGAGAACACUUCAUUCUCCACAACAGGGGGCAAAGGACCAGGGAACAAGGGCAAAACAAGCUCCAGAGAUGGGCAGGGCCCAAAGAAACCCUGGAAGUUCCUGCAGGUGGCCCAGGUGGGGCGGCUCCUAUCCAGCACCGUGAGUCUCCAGCACAGCAGCCAGCCCACCAUGAGUAGUGGGCUGGACUCCAAAGGGUCAAGCUCUAUCUCCACUCUGUGUGAGGACCCAGACAGCGACGGGGAGGAGCUGGAGCUGUACUUCACAGAACCCCAGCAGCUCCUGGACGUCUUCACGAAGCUAGAGGAGCAGAACCUCUCGCUCGUCCAGAACACACGGGAGACGGAGGAGGCCCUGGAUGAUCUGAACCUCACCCUGAAAAACACCCACGUUCGCAUGGACAGGGAGGUCAACCAGCUGAAGCAGUGGGUCACCACACUGAUGACGUCCAUCACCAAGGAGGAGGAGUCGGCCGCCGAGCUGGAGCUCAAAGCCCGAGUCUUCCACUACGGCGAGUACAAGGGUGCUCAGGAGGACAAGCUGUUGGAAAGCCUCAACCGCAAGGUGCUGGAUGUGUACCGGCACUGCAUCGGCACCCAGCAGGAGUCCAACCUGGGCACCGUGCAGAUGCUGACCGUCAUUGAGCACCACCUGGACGAGCUGCUGGAGAACCUGGAGCGGGUACCCCAGAUCAAGAUUGAGCAGGCCGAGAAGGCCAAGGAGAAGGAGCGCCGCCUGAGACUCCGCGAAGAGAAGGUCCUGAUGCAGAAGCAGCUGCAGGAGGAGCGCCUGCAGCGGGCCCAGGCCCGGGCCCAGGCUGAGAUCAAGAAGAAGAGAGGCAGGAGACUGGUGAGUCGCUCCCGGCCCCCAGCUCUCAAAGCAAAGCAGGAGCCUGAACAUGUGCUGAUGGACGACGACAAGGAGGGGCAGCUGCUGUUCUUCACGUAGCCUCCCCACGCUGGCUGGCCAUCACCCACGGCACAGCAAGGACAGCAGCAGGAAGCAGGGGCAGGGCGGGCUGGCCUGCGGCAGCCGUCACCAUAUCCCCCUGGCCCUACCAGCCUCCCACUGUGCAUUUACUUACUCG